AUGGCGAUCUCCCUCUCCCAUUUCCCCAUUUCAUUGGCGCUGCUUCUUGCAUUCGCCCUCUUCGCCGAAGCAGCCAACAAGACCGUCACAUACGACUUCAACAUCACUUGGGUCAACACAAAUCCUGAUGGUGCCUUUGAGAGACCGACCAUUGGCAUAAAUGGACAAUGGCCACUACCCGUCAUGACCGCUGAGAUUGGCGAUCGAGUCAUCGUCAAUGUAGACAAUCAGUUGGGAAACCAGAGCACCACGCUUCAUUUCCACGGCCUUUUCCAGAAUGGAACUACAGCAAUGGACGGACCAGCAAUGGUCACCCAAUGUGGGAUUCCCGCUGGAAGCCAAUUUACCUACAACUUCACAGUUAAUCAAGCUGGUACUUACUGGUAUCACUCCCACAUUCAUGGCCAAUACCCAGAUGGUCUUCGGGGUCCCUUUAUUAUCAGUGAUCCGGAUUACCCAUACAAGGACCAGGUUGACGAAGAGGUUGUUAUAUCGCUCUCAGAUUGGUACCACGACGAGAUGGCAACAUUGAUCCCCCAAUUCAUCAGUGUAGCCAACCCAACAGGCGCCGAGCCCGUCCCGGACGCCGCAUUGAUGAAUGACACACAAAACUUGACUGUGCCGGUGACAGCUGGAAAGACUUACCUAUUCCAUUUUGUCAAUAUUGGAGCCUUUGCUGGCCAAUAUGUCUGGUUCGAGGGCCACAACAUGAGUAUCGUUGAAGUGGAUGGAGUAUACACCGAUGAAGCUGAGGCAGAGACAAUCUACAUAGCUGCUGCCCAGCGGUACAGUGUCCUGAUUAAAACUAAGAACGAGACGACUACCAACUAUCCGAUUGUUGCUAGCAUGGACACAUCUCUUUUCGAUGUUCUCCCCGAUGAUUUGAACUGGAACUCCACAGGAUGGCUAGUCUAUGACAGCAAUAAUCCAAAUCCGGACCCAACUUUACUUGCAGACGCCGACUUCAAUGAGUUUGAUGAUGCCACUCUGAUUCCAGUUGAUAAGACACCUCUGUUGCCAGAUGCGGAUCAGAUCAUCACCCUUGAUGUGAUUAUGGACGACCUUGGAAACGGAAAGCCAUAUGCAUUCUUCAGCAACAUUACUUACGUAUCUCCAAAGGUACCUACACUGUACACUGCGAUGACCACGGGCGAAGAUGCCGCCAAUCCUCUGGUGUAUGGAGAAUACUCGCACUCAUAUGUGCUAGCUCACAACCAAAUCGUCGAAAUCGUUGUAAAUAACCUGGACACCGGAAAGCACCCCUUCCAUUUGCACGGCCACAACUUCCAGGCCAUUGCACGGUCUGAUGAAAAUGCUGGAAGUUUCGAUGCUACGAACGCCACUCAAACCGAGUACCCAGCUAUUCCAAUGCGGAGAGAUACAUUUGUCCUUUAUCCGCAAGGAUAUAUUGUCCUCCGCUUCCAGGCUGACAACCCGGGUGUGUGGCUGUUCCAUUGCCACAUCGAAUGGCACGUCGACCAAGGUCUAAUCGCCACAAUGGUCGAGGCACCCUUGGAACUCCAGAAGGCUCAAACCAUCCCCCAAAACCAUCUUGAUGCCUGCACAGCCGGAAACACCCCCUCUGCCGGUAAUGCAGCAGCAAACACUGUUGACUUCCUUGACCUGACUGGUGAACCUGUGCCACCGAAACCACUACCAGGCGGAUUUACUGCUCGGGGUAUUGUAGCAAUGACAUUCAGUUGCAUUGCAGCUCUUCUUGGUCUAGCUACUAUCACCUGGUACGGUUUGGCAGAUAUGGGAGCGGCAAGCAUGGUUGAGGAGGAGAAUCGUAUCGCGAGAAUGGCGGGCGAGGAUGAGAUACGAUCAUCUGAGGCAUCUUCAGAUGUGGCUGUGAAAGUCGGUUGA